GUCUCUUAAAACCAGAUUGCUUGGGCAAAUGAUCGCACAGUUCAUUACACACCGUUGACACGAUCGGUGAUCUCUUCCGUUCCAUCACCAAGUCCACACAAGCAGCGUAUUGUGGAUUGAGAAUGAGUUGUUAACACUUCUGGGUAUCAACGACCAUCAAUCAACAGCUAUUUUGUGCAGACUAUUUGAAAAUAUACCAAGUGAUCUUGACUCGUGAUCUUCAGUGAUCUUGUAGUGUUGCGCUGCACUGUGACAAAAGAUGAAGUUGUUUCUUGUGAUAGCGAUCUCCACAGUGGUUUUGGGCCAAAUAUUUGCUAGACCCAGCAAUGUCGAGGUGGAAAAACAUCAUGUGGUGGAAAUUUCAAGAAAUUUCAAUAUUACUGCUAUGAAUUCUACCGCUAAGAUUGACGAAACUAUGAGGAUCCUCAAAGAGAUCGAUCGGAUAAAUCAAUCUUUGGGUUAUACAAAGAAAAAUCUGGCCAGGACAGAUACUAUGUCCGAUUCACAGAGACUGAGUGAUUCACUGUUUUUCCCCAAGACACCAUUUCAUCCACCAGGUAUUGGGAGAGAUUCUAAAUCUCCAUUGAUUGUGGAGAGGGUCACUGAUCGACAGUCAGAAUUUCAAGCACAGAGUCAUAGGAUUAGGUUUAAGAAAGAGCAAAGAAAAGCAAAGACUGAAGGAAGAAAAUUCCUAUUAAUCCCACUCAAUCCAUCCUUUAUUGCCAUUGCUAGUGAUCCUCGGAGGAUCGUCCAUUUUUUCCCGCAAAUCUCAUCACGUACUGCAAGACUGUCCAAGAAGUGGAAUAAGAAACCGAAGAAGAGUGAAAAGAAGGUCGAAUAUGAUAAAGCUCAAGCACCCCUCCUGAAGCAGAAUAAUCUAUUUGAUGUUCUGAUUGAUGAGAUGGUGGAUGAUGAUGAUGAAGAUUAUGAUGAUACCAAGGAGGAGGAUUCUUCGGGUAGUUUGCCAUCAUUUGAUAAUGAUCAGUACAUUAACAAUUUGUACAAGAACAUUUUGGUGUCUUCGAAUAAGAAAAGGGAUCUUCAGAAAGAAGAGAACUUGGAAAAGGAAGGAAAGUUCCCAUUGAUCACGACAAAGAAGCCGAAACCACCAACGUUCAAACCGUCGAACAAACCUUCAAAUAAACCUUCAAAUAAGCCUUCAAAUAAGCCCAAAACCACGACGAAAAAACCACCGACGAAAAAGCCAGAAAUACCCAAUCCGGAGGAUCUCAAAUCACCCUUCUCAGGACUCUUCAGGCCGGCCAGUGAGCAACUGAAAGACAAUGGCGGAGGCAUAAUUAUUCAGAGACUAAAAGUCAGGAAGGGAGGUAUUGCUAUAGCAGGACCAGGAGGUGUAGCAACAGCAGGAAGUGGAGGAACAGCAAUAGUUGGACCAGGUGGUAUUGCCUUUACUCAUCCCCGAGGACUGACCAUUGCAGGACCAGGAGCUAAGGUGUACUCAGUCCCCGAGGACACUGAUCUUGAAACGGUAUCCCUCAAUGCAACAGGCUCAUCAAGGGAUUUCCCAUUUCCCACGGAGAUUGUAGCUACAGGACCGAUUAUAUACUACAAUCCUGGGAAGUAGGAAGUCUUAAGCAUUCAUUUAGGAUAAAUCUUGCCAAAAAACACAUCACAGACACAUUCCAAUAAAAGAUCUUUAGAAAAUA